CCCUGCGCGGCUCGGCGGUGGGGAGGGAGACCAUGCGGAAGGUGGUGGUGGUCACCGGGGCCAGCAGUGGCGUUGGCCUGGCGCUCUGCAAGCGGCUGCUGGAGGAAGACGAUGAGCUGCACGUGUGUUUGGCGUGCAGGAACGUGGGCAAAGCGGAGGCUGUCCGCGCCGCGCUGCUGGCCGCUCACCCCGCCGCCGAGGUCAGCGUCGUGCAGGUGGAUGUCAGCAACCUCCAGUCAGUCAUCCGGGCCGCCAGGGAGCUCAAGCAAAGGUUUCAGAGAUUAGACUAUGUCUAUCUGAAUGCUGGGAUCAUGCCCAAUCCACAGCUGAAUAUCAAAGCACUUUUCUCUGGCCUCUUUUCAAGGCAUACAAUUGUCUUCUCCUGUUUCAGAAAAGUGAUUCAUAUGUUCUCCACAGCUGAAGGACUGCUGACCCAGGAAGAUAAAGUCACUGCCGAUGGGCUCCAGGAGGUGUUUGAAACCAACGUCUUUGGCCACUUUAUUCUGAUUCAGGAACUGGAAGCUCUCCUCUGUCACAGCGACAGUCCUUCCCGGCUUAUCUGGACAUCAUCUCGCAAUGCAAGGAAAUCUAACUUCCAUCUUGAGGACAUCCAGCACAGCAGAGGCCAGGAGCCCUACAGCUCCUCCAAAUACGCAAUUGACCUCCUGAGCGUGGCGCUGAACCGGAACUUCAACCCACGGGGUCUGUAUUCCAGCGUGGUGUGCCCAGGCACAAUGGUGACCAGUAUGACCUGUGGAAUUCUCCCUCCCUGUGUGUGGACAGUACUGCUGCCCAUCAUAUGGCUGCUUCGCUUUUUUGCAAAUGCUUUCACUGUGACGCCGCACAACGGAACAGAAGCCCUGGUAUGGCUUUUCCACCAAAAGCCCGAGUCUCUUAAUCCUCUGACCAAAUAUCUGAGUGCCACCACUGGCUUUGGAAGCAAUUACGUAACAACCCAGAAGAUGGACCUAGAUGAAGACACUGCUGAAAAAUUUUACCAAAACUUACUGGAACUGGAAAAGCGUAUUAGGGACACCAUUCAAAAAACAAAUCAUCAGAGCUGACGGUGGCACUCUCUGAAACAUCGCAUAUCUACUGUGCUUUCUGGGUUUCUGUUGAGUUGGGUGAUGUGCCUGUGUGGUAAACAGUGAGCUAGAAUUGUCUCUUCCCUCCUUUCAGGAUUAUCUCUAAGACUGGAUGCGUGCAUGUGAGAAAAAGAUCGAUAAGGAAAAUACGAGUUAGCUGUUCUCCAGAAUGGUGUCACAUCAAAAUUGUGCUCGAGUCACCCAACCAAGGAUGUGUUUAUUGGUUCUGCCGACUGGAGCCCAGGCUCCACGUGGUGGGAUGAGGUGUGGACUCGAGUACUCAUGACUCAGGCACUCACCGGCCCUGCUUUUGGCCUGCCCGAGCAGGAGGAAGUUCUGGGCACCCUCUGAGUGAUAAUCUGAGCUUUGUUCCUUUUCUUAUGGACAGUUUUCUAGGUCUUGUACCUUAUUUCUUCCUCCUCAUGGUGCUUCUAAAAAUCCCGAGAUUGUGGGGCGUCUCAUGGCUUAGUCAGUUAGGCGUCCGACUCUUGAUUUCACCUCAGGUCAUGAUCUCAGGGGCGAGAGAUUGAGCCCC